AUGAAUCCUACUAUGGAUGUGUUUGCCCUGCUGCCCGCCGCUGAGAUCCGAGCCGUCCGGGAGGAAUCGCCCUCCAAUCUGGCAACACUGUGUUACAAGGCAGUGGAGAAGUUGGUUCAGGGAGCCGAGUCCGGCUGCCCCACUGAGAAGGAGAAACAGAUUGUGCUGAACUGCGCUCGUAUGCUGUCUCGAAUCCUGCCCUACAUCUUUGAGGACCAGGACUGGAGGGGGUUCUUCUGGUCCACCAUCCCUGGUGCUGGCAGAGCAGAGAUGGAUGAUAUGGAGGAUGAAGAUGAAGGCGCCCGUCCGCUGGCAGAGUCUCUCUUAUUGGCUUUGGCUGACUUGCUCUUCUGUCCAGACUUCACUGUUCAGAGCCACAAGAAAGGAAGACCUGACUCGGUUGAAGACAUGCGGUCACUGGACAGUUGUGAAUAUAUCUGGGAGGCUGGAGUGGGUUUCGCUCAGUCCCCCCCACUCAACUACAUCCAUGAUAUCAACAGGACUGAGCUGCUGAGGUUACUGCUCGCCUGUUUCUCAGAGGCCAUGUACCUGCCGCUGACAUCAGAUAACAGUAUUCUCAACCCCUGGGUCACCUUCUUCUGUUCCACUGAAAACAGGUCCGUCUCUUUAUGA